UAGUAACAGAAAACAGAAACAGACUUGAUAAGCUAAUCAUUUUACACUCUUCUAGUUUCUUUUAGCUUCCAAUGGCAAUUCCUGUGAUUGAUUUCUCUAAGGUGAAUGGCUCUGCUGAGGAGAGAGCCAAGACCAUGGCUGAACUCGCUAAUGGCUGCGAGGAAUGGGGAUUUUUCCAGCUGGUGAACCAUGGAGUUCCAGAGGAGCUGUUGGAGAGGGUAAAGAAGGUGAGUUCAGAAUGCUAUAAGCUGGAAAGGGAGGAAAAUUUCAAGAACUCGAAGCUUGUUGCGGCAUUGAAUGAACUGGCAGAGAAGAAGGAUGGUGAGAAAUUGGAUAAUGUGGACUGGGAAGAUGUUUUUACUCUCCUUGAUGAUAAUGAGUGGCCAUCCAAAACCCCCGGAUUCAAGGAAACCAUGGCGGAAUACCGAGCAGAACUGAAGAAAUUAGCGGAGAGAGUUAUGGGAGUGAUGGAUGAGAAUUUAGGGCUCCCAAAAGGUUAUAUCAAGAAGGCAUUCAAUGAUGGAGAAGGAGAUAAUGCCUUUUUUGGCACCAAGGUUAGCCACUAUCCACCAUGUCCUCAUCCCGAGCUCGUGACCGGUCUCCGAGCUCACACGGAUGCUGGCGGUGUCAUCUUGCUCUUCCAAGAUGACGAGGUGGGCGGUCUUCAAAUCCUCAAAGACGGGCAAUGGAUUGACGUCCAGCCACUGAAAAAUACCAUAGUUAUAAACACCGGUGAUCAGAUCGAGGUGCUGAGCAAUGGCAAGUACAAGAGUACUUGGCACAGGGUUCUGCCUUACACUCAAGGGAACAGAAGGUCUAUAGCUUCAUUCUAUAACCCGUCUCUUAAAGCUACCAUAGCUCCAGCCCCGGAACUGGUGGAGAAAGAUAACAAGGAAACAUAUCCCAAGUUUGUGUUCGGCGAUUAUAUGUCGGUUUAUGUCGAGCAGAAGUUCCUCCCAAAGGAACCCAGGUUCCAAGCUGUGAAGGCAGUGUAAUAGUCAGCAAGGUGCAACUUCAAUUAUAGAAGACGUAAAGAUGAAAUUUUUACUUUUCUUGAUUUUCACUUUCUAGAUUAUUGGGGCUAGCUCAUAUUUGCAGUAGCGCAUAAAGCUUCUUUCUCCCAACUAUAUAUGCCUUAUGAGAGAAACGAAAGCUGAAUAUGCAUUUGUGCUUUUAGGCGUCUUCUAUGGUUACUUUACUUUUUACAAAGUAAAUAUUACUUUGUCCAUUUAUCACCAUUUAAUGGUGAAAUUGACAAAGUAGAUAAAAAAUAAAGUAACUUUAGAAGAAGCCGUAUUUUUCUAUGGGAUUGGUUGUAUCUUCUGUUUUUAAGUGUUUGCUAAGGUUUUUCUAUUUUACAAUAUACUCAUGUACUGUAAUUUCUGUAAACUUGGAUCUAUUCUCAGUAAGGAAAUACACCUAGCUUUCUCUUUA